UAUAUUCUCCGGCGACGCUGACGCUUCAACCCGAUGGCCCACGUUCGCCCAUCAGGCCCCACGUCGCUCCCCAUUUCGAAACCAAGAAGAAAGCGCGAAAACUGAGACGAAGAACACUCUUUCAAAAUUGAAAUCGAUCAAUCAAUCAAUCCAUCAAUUGCUUAUAUAUUUAAUAUCUCUCUCUCUGGCUGAUCCGUUCAUCUACGGGCGAGAUCUCCUCGAAUCCGUCGUCGUCGUUCUCAGCUUUUCCCAUGGGGGCAAUUUUCCUUCGGAUUUUCUCGGCAGGAAUUUCAAUUUUCACGCCCAAUGUCAGCUCCAGCACCUGCGCGGGGGUGUCGUCUGAGAUCCUCCGCUGCUCCAAUUAUGCGACCCACUGAUUGUCAUACUGAGUUUUGGGGGGUAUGUGAAAUCAAUUUACUUUUGUUGCUGGAAGGUCAAAAGUUGAGGCUUGAGUUUCCCCAUUACUGAGGGUCAAUUAUAAAAGGAGACAAGAUGAAGGCUCAUGCAUAUUCAAAAGCAAAAUCAUCUACUCGGGUUAAUCAUCAACAGGUGAUUUUCGAGCUUAAACAACGGGUUGGCCUUGCACUAAACAAGCUUGCAGACAGGGAUACUUAUCAGAUUGGUGUUGAAGAGCUUGAAAGAAUAGCUCAAUGUUUAAAUCCGGAUGGGGUUGCUCCAUUUCUGUCUUGCAUAUUAGAUACUGAUUCUGAGCAGAAAAGUGCAGUUCGUAAGGAAUGUAUCAGACUGAUGGGUUUAUUAAUUACCCUACAUGAGGGCCUUAUUGGUCCACACCUGGGAAAGAUAGUUGCUAGCAUCGUUAAACGGCUUAAGGAUCCAGAUUCUGCUGUUAGGGAUGUGUGUGUGGAAACAGUUGGUGUUUUGGCAUCUAAAUUGAGCAAUGAUGAUGGAGUUUUUGUUUCGCUGGUGAAGCCUCUUUUUGAAGCUUUGAGUGAACAAAAUAAGCAGGUGCAGUUUGGUGCAGCAUUGUGCUUAGCUGGGGUCAUUGACAAUACCAGCGAUCCUCCAGUUCCUAUUCUGCAGAGGAUGCUAACCAAAACCAUAAAGAUACUAAAGAAUCCACACUUCAUGGCAAAACCAGCAGUGAUUGAACUGAAUAGAAGUAUUAUUCAGGCUGGCGGUGCCCCCACAAAAACGAUUUUAUCUGCUGCAUUGAGUAGUAUCCAAGAAGCACUAAAAAGUAGCGACUGGACAACAAGGAAAGCUGCUUCAGUAUCAUUAGGCAGAAUUGCCUCAAGUGGUAGACCCUUCUUCAGUUCUUUCAAGGCAUCUUGCAUCCAUUCACUUGAGUCAUGUCGGUUUGACAAGGUGAAACCAGUUAGGGAGACAGUGCUGCAGGCCUUACAUCUUUGGAAAAGCCUUCCUGGGCCUGGUACACCCGAACCUUCAGAAGCUGGAUCUUCUAUCAAAGGUAGCUACUAUGGUGGGGACUAUGGUGAUAUUUCUAGUAUGAGUGAUUUUGGAAGGAAGGAUGUCUCACUUACAAAACUGGGCAGUAGCUUAAUUAAGAAAAGGAACCCCCUCUCUGUUAGGAAAGCAUGCCAAAGUUAUUUAGAAACGCAGCAACAUCCUAAAGAAGAUGAUUGGCAUAUAGAAAUUGCAGUUCCAAAAUCUCAUAACAUUUCUGUAGUUGAUGGUCAGAAUGAAGAAUCUGAGGGUAGUUCUGUUACCAAGACAUUGGAAAGAACAAGGUCUGAUGUCACAAAUACUCAGGAUAUUGGCUACGAAUAUGUAUCAAUGGAUGAGAGACAGGAAUGCUCUUCUGUGUCUAAUCUUGUCAGCAAUAACUUUGAGACCAAAUUCAUGAUGGUUUCUCACGACCACCUUAAGGAAGAUGGUUUCAUGAAGCAAAUCGGAAGAAAUCGGCAGUUAGCAGCUGAAGAAUUCAGUGGUGAAGAACAGAGAUACUCAGUUGGGAUGAAGCAGCGUACAAGUCUUGAUUCCACAGUUACAGAAACAGAUUUGAGUUCCCAAGCCAUGCGUGAAUGUUGUUUACAGACAAUGAGGGAGAUAACGUCCAUUCGAAAACAUCUUUUAGAGAUUGAAAACAAGCAGUCAAACUUAAUGGAUAUGAUAAAGGUGUUUACAACAAACACAGUAGAUAGCUUAUCUUUGAUACAGAUGAAGGUGUCAGGUUUGGAGCAUGUGGUUGAUCAAAUAGCUCAGGACCUUGUUCAUGGAAAGAGACAUUCUGACCUAGGUGCUACAAAACUUGUGAAGAAGAGCCCAAUUGUUUCUUCUCCUAGAGUCUCUACAUGCACUCCAAGACCGUCCAUAGAUGUGCGUGGUCGACUGCCAUCCAUACUGUCAGCAAAAAAUACAGAUUUUUGGGAGGAAAAAUCUUCUGCUAGAAGCCGGUCAAAUGGUUCCGUUAUGCAAGUUACAAACACGUGGUCAAAUGGCACAAGAGAACUAAGUAGUGAUACAAUGGGGAUGGGCAGUCAGAGGAACUGUGGACUGGGGACACAUUUUGGUCAAAUGAGGCAAACUGAUACUGCCUGUGGUUCAGCUUCUACAAGCCGUGGCAAACAAGAAAAUUCUGAAAAUAGGUUCUGGAAACUUGUAAACAAUUAUUUGUUAGAGGGGGACCUUGAUUCUGCAUAUGCAGAAGCUCUGUGUUCGUGCAAUGAACUUGUGCUGAUCAAACUUAUUGAUAGAACAGGUCCAGCCCUAGAAAGUUUAUCACAAAAGACUGCCGGUGCCCUUCUUAGUACCUUAGCAUCCUAUUUCUUUGAACAAAGAUUUGUGAAUUCCAUAAUCCCUUGGUUGCAACAGGUGGUGGAUUUGAGUGCUAUCCAUGGACCAAAUUGCCUUGCUCUCUCUGCAAAAGAGAGACAAGAAUUCUUAUCUGCAAUUCAGGAAGGUUUAGAUCUGGGCUUUUCUAAUCUUGCAGAGAGAAGAUCUCUCACACAGCUACAGAUGAAAUUGCAGCAAAUUUGGGGUGAGACAUAUUCUAAACAUCUGAUUUAGGUUGCUAACCAAGUUUCUGUGAUGUUUAUAUUCGGUUAGGCUCUCUGUAACUUCAACCCAGUAAGAAUAUGAAAGACUACUACCAGUAUGUGUUUGCAUUUUGUGAAUAGAUGUGACAAUUGGGUAAGGGUGAUCCAAUUUUUGAGAUAUAAUCAAAUUUCUAAAUUUGUUCAUGAACUUGGUUGUUAUAAGCUGGUGAAAGCAAAAGCUAAAACAAGAGCAAUUCUUGCUCUGCAGGCAAAAGAAAAUGUUUUGCUAGGUAAAACGUCGUUACACAUGCCUUGAUCAUCAACAAUUUUUUGUUACCAAUUACGUUUUUCUGCCAACUGGAAAGAAGGGAUUUAGAAGUUUUUCAGAGAGUAUUAACAUAAUGACAGAAUGUCAUCUGUUAAUCUUUCUCAAUUGCUGUUAUGGUUGGAAAUGUUCAGUUAUCAUUUAAAGAGUUAACUGAUAACAUAAAGCUGAAGAAAUGGUUACUGCCAUACGCAAUGCUAUAUUUGCUUUUGCUGAAGAUAACAACUUAAAAUGUUUAUCUUUGCUCCUUCAUUAUUAAAUGGAAAGCAUUGGUCAAUUUCUGAUGCAGCUUACAGAUAGGAGCUGGAUUUUGUACAUCUUUUCAUGGCAUUGAAUUGAUAUAAAAUUUCCUUAUGGUUGUAAUUCUCUCUCAAUUGCCAUGAGAAAUUAGAACUUGGAUUUCCUAUACAUUAUGGCUGCUUAGGUUGUACUUCAUCUUUUAUUUUGGUCUUCGUCCCCAACGGAAUUGUAUUUUAUGGCUCUUUGACAAACUGAAGGAUGCACUAUGCCAUGUGUGCAGAGCAAAAGUCUUGAGCAAUUGUAAUACUGGCUAGCAUUUCCUUGAAAAUCUAAUAAAUUUUACAUUAUUUUUCUCUAAUGUGGAAAGGCCUCUGUUUAUCACUUUUUAAUUUUCUUUGUAUCUGUGAGGUGGGAUAACUUUUUGUUCUUAAUAUCAUGCCCUUAGCUGUCUGUGUUUGUUAAAAGCUUUUAUCAAU